AUGCUCUCUGGCUACGAUAGUGAUAAUGGCAGCGAUACGGCUGGAGGGAAGAAGUCAGUGCGAGUACAACUGCCUCAUAUGCAGUCGUUGGUGGCACCUGACGUGAAUAUAGACAGUAUGCUCGGGCCUCAACGGAUCGAUGUCGACUCAAAAACUAAUGCGUUGAUGACCAACCCUACGGCUCGAGACCUCGCCCACACGAUGGAGAUCAUGAAGAAGGAAGAUAAGGAGUCACGACGAGAAGCAGGGGUAGGGAUUCAUUUUGGGAAAAACACGACUUUCGCUGGCGGCCGUGUUGAAGCAACGCAUAUGUCCAACUUCAACUUUGAUAGACAGUUCAAUACGUUCCAAUCCUUUGGCUUCGCCGAGGCCCCCGAUGGUCGACUUAUCAAGGCCGGACAGGGAUUGACUAAGCGUGAACGCGAUAUUGACGGCUUAGUUGCCAAGGACCCUGGGUCGACGACAUCGCAAUGGCAUGGUAGUAAGCCUAAGGUUGACUAUCAGGGCAGGAGUUGGAUCGAAUGUCCACCACAACAGACUAAAAAGCAACAGAGGGUAAUAUUGGCAGCUACAUGUUACCUGCCCAAGAAGUGGAUAUGUACUUGGGAGGGGCACACUCAAGGAGUGCAGGCGAUACGAUUUUUCCCGAAGACAGCUCAUCUGCUGGCGUCUGCUGGUUUGGACGGUACUGUUAAGAUUUGGGACUAUUAUAACGCUAGGGCGUGUCGCAUUACGUAUACAGGACAUGAGAAGGGGGUUAGAGAUGUCCAGUUUAUCGGGGACGGUACCAAGUUCGUGUCCUGUUCGUAUGAUCAUCAUGUCAACUACUGGGAUACCGAGACAGGGAAAAUUAUAAGGAAAUUCGACCUCGGCAGUAGUUGCUAUAAUCUAGCGGUGCAUCCCACUGAACUGAACUCUUUUGUUGUGGCAUGCCACGAUAAGAAGGCGGCUCAGUUCGAUCUGAACUCCCCCGGGGACGAACCUAUACAGUUGUAUAAGGAUCAUCUGCGUGCUGUUAAUACGGUUACUAUUUGUGACGAUGGAAAGAGAUUGGUGACCACCUCCGAUGAUAGGAAGAUGUUUGUAUGGCACUGGGGUAUACCAGUGGUGGACAAGUACAUAGCCGAGCCUGGCAUGUCUUCGAUACCUGCAGUGACACUUCAUCCUAGUCAGAAGUUCAUGGCAUGUCAGUCAAUGAACAAUCAGAUAGUGGUCUAUCAGGCUUACGGUGGUUUCAAGUUGCAAGGUCGGAAACGCUUCACUGGCUUCAACAAUGCUGGAUACGCAAUCGAACCUGGGUUCUCAGCUGACGGAAGGUAUAUUAUGUCGGGAGAUGGGGAUGGGCGGUUACACUUCUGGGAUUGGAAAUCGUGCAAACUGUAUCGCACUCUGAAGGCUCAUGAUGGCUGUUGUGUUUCCUGCCUUUGGCAUCCCAACCAGGCCAGUCGAGUGGUGACAGCUGGCUGGGAUGGGAAGAUUAAGCUGUGGGACUGAGCUUCCUACUCUCAGAAACGAAGUACAGUGAUAGUAGAUAGAGCGAGAAGAAAACGAUUGU